UAUAGUGAAUCUCGAAAGCUUAAAUUGUUGAAAAAAGAUUCAUUAUUCAUUAAACUCCUAAAUAGUCUCAACCGUUAGCUACAUCCUUCUUCAGCAAUUUGUUUAAACUUAAAAGAGACACAAGGAGUAAAGUUUAGCUUAAUGAUCCAAGAAACUACGAUAUGCAUUUAAUUAGUUGUCUAUAGUAUGCAAGAAAUUCUCCGGUAAGAAAAUUUGAAUAGCUUAGUGUUCUUUUUGUUUUCUUUCAAUUUUUGUGUUCAUCAUCAUGUUCUAUCUUAAACCUUGAAAUUACAACCUGGUAUGUUUUAGUAUGCUUCGAGGGGUCAAGACUGUGCCAAAGUUAUUAAGAAAUUAUGAAAAACCUUGUUGGUCGAUUGUGAUCGGUCAUGACAAAAAAAAGGGGAAGGAAAACAGUGCCCACUUUGCUCUUUUCUUUACCCAGUUGCUCAAUGUUCCAUCUUGCUUUCCUCUAGCCUCACACGUUCUCUCGGACAUUAAAUCUGGUGAAGACAGCACGCUCCCAAGCCUCAGAAGCUUCCCCUCCUACCAUUCAAAAUUCUCAAGGACCAUCCUACACUCUCAAAGCCGACAACUAGGCUCCACGGGGGCAUAUGAUUAGUGCAUUAAUUACUUGCUUCAAUUCACUAACCCGAGGCCAAGACACCUUUUAGCCCACACGUGUCACCUUAAUUUAAUCACCCCCAAGCAAAGCAAAAGCUUCCCACCAAAUCAUAAGACUUGCUUAAUUAGCAGUUGUAAGCAACUGGGAGCAGUGUUAACACUAUACAUUAAACAAAUUGAUACUCAAUCAAGACCUAUUCGUAGGUAAUUAAGAGGUCAGAAGAAGUUUCCAAUUGACAAUUGAACUUAGAAAAUAUAAAUAUCCUAACUAAUUCAAUGUAAAAUUGAUGACACCAAAACAAUCUUAUUAAUUCUAUCCUUCUGUCGAAAAUGUGUUUUUGUUACUAAAUCAACUCUACAUAAUGCAUUGCAUUGCAGAAUUAGACUGAUCUCUUCGUGUACUACCAAUUUAAGGUGGGGGGUAUGGUUCGUACCUGCGUUGCGUGACGGACAGCAAGCGAAUCAGGCGGCGGAGUCGCCCGUCACGAAUCACACGGACCACCUCGACCGGGCCCCGCGCCUAGAAAAGGAAUCAGAGAAGUGACACGUCAGCAAGUACUCGCGCGUGAAUCCCCCUCAAAAAGACGCGCUACCGAGCGAGUGAUCCCAUCACCGCCCACCUUUCUCGUCUUGCUUUCUCUUGCUUCUCAUCGAGAGCCAUUCGCACUUCUGCUUCUCACCGCCCAACUUCGCCUUUUCCUGUCUCUUCAUCGUUUCCUCGCCUGCGAAGAAGAGAACAUAGAGAUAAGACCGAGGGAAGAACUUAAGUGUUGGUGUUCUGUACUUGCUUUGUAUACGUACGUAAUGGAAGAGAGGUGGGCGAGGGGAAAGCCCAGGAGCCGUCACCAGAACCCCUCCUUCUCCUCCACCCUCCUCGACGCCAUCUACCGCUCCAUCGACGAGUCCGACGGCGGAGCCACGCGAGACCGCCACUCUCUCAUCACCGUGCCGAAGCGCCCUCCGCCGCCCCUCCGGCCCGCGGCAGAGUGGCGAACCGCAGAGGCGGCGACCCGUUGCCGGCCGCUUGCGCCCAUCUCCACCUCCAGUUCCUCAGACAAGUCAAGCUACGGCGGCUUCUCCUCCUCUUCCGAGCCCGACUCGGGGGUAAACCGGCUCAGGCCGAUCAUGACCGUCGGAGCUCCGAUCCGCUCCAUCCCUCCUCCGCCGGCUGCUGCGGUGUUCGACCGCCGUGAGGAGGAGAAGAAGAAAAAGAAGACGGGCUCGAUCCGCGGCAGGCUUCGAGACGCGAGAAGUUCCAGGUCGGCCGCGCCGGCGUCCCCGGGCGCCCGCCUCGCCGGCUUCCUCGGCUCUGUAUUGUCGGCGGUGUCGGUGAUCCCGAGAAGGCCAACGCCCACCGCUGUCACCGCCGCGGGCGGAUGCGACGACUCCGCCUGCUCCACGGCGUCGUCCCUCUCGCGAUCCUGCCUCAUCAAGAAACCAUCGACGAGGGAGCAGCCUCCGUCGGGGGAGGGGGAGAAGCGAUCGGUGAGGUUCUACCCGGUGAGCGUGAUCGUGGACGAGGAUCUGCGGCCGUGCGGGCACAAGAGCGUCUAUGGAGCGGACACCGCGCCCCGAAGGCCGUCGGCGGUGGCAAUGAAGGCGAGGAGGAGGGUGGAAGAGCUCCUAAGAGGGAUGGAGGAUGAGGAAGAGGAAAUGAGCGAUUCAAGCUCCGAUCUGUUCGAGCUGCAGAACUUGACGGUGAUCGGAAGGGAAAGAGGAAGGGGAAGGGGAGUGGGAGGAGGUUACGGUGAUGAGCUUCCGGUGUACGAGACGGCUCACCUCGACAUGAAUCGCUCCACUUCCCAGUCUCAACGUUUCCUAAAAAUACAAGAAAGAAUGUAAAGAAAAAGGCGGAGAAUUGGGUGGUGAUAUCUUAGGAGGGUUUGGUGUCUUUCGUUGAUCUUUAUCGGUUUCUUACUAUAGUUUGGGUUUAUCUCUUUGUAAGACUGUUCGGUUCUGUAGCUCUCAGCUUGUGUACGAAUACGAAGAAAGCUUAAGUA